GGGAGGCCCCGCCGGCAGCUCUGUGUGCGUGCUGGUUGAGCGGCAGCGGCUGGGCGCUCCCCCGCGGCGGUGCCAUGGGGGCGCCCAGCGUGAAGGCGGUGUUCUUCGACCUGGACAACACGCUGGUGGACACGGCGGCGGCCGGGCGCCGCGCCAUCGAGGAGGUGGUGAAGGCGCUGCGGUGCCGGCACCGCUGCGGGGAGGGCCAGGCCCGCGACAUCUGCGAGAAGGUGCAGGCGAAGCUGCUGAAGGAGUGCCACGACCCCGGCAGGACGUGCAUCACCGAGCUGCGGAUCUCGCACUGGGAGGAGGCGAUCCAGGAGACCCUCGGGGGCGAGGCGAACCGCAGCCUGGCGGCCGAGUGCUACUUCUUGUGGAAAACCACCCGGCUCCAGCAUCUCACCCUGGCCGAGAAGACGCGAGGCAUGCUGACGGAGCUGCGGAAGGCCUUCCGCCUGCUCCUCCUGACCAACGGAGACCGGCAGACGCAGAGGGAGAAGAUCGAAGCCUGUGCCUGCCAGCCCUACUUCGAUGCCAUCGUUGUGGGAGGAGAGCAGAAGGAGGAGAAGCCGGCACCGUCCAUAUUUCACUACUGUUGUGACCUCCUGGGGGUGCAGCCCACGGAGUGUGUCAUGGUUGGUGACUCUCUCGACACAGAUAUUCAAGGAGGCCUCAACGCCGGCCUGAAGGCAACGGUCUGGCUAAACAAAACGAUGGCAACCCCAGCAGAUAGCGCCCCGGUACCUCACUACAUCAUUUCUUCCGUUCUCGACCUUCCAGCGGUUUUGCAGAAGAUGGAGCACAACAGUAAUGCCAAGUUAGGAAACGACCGUAGGGUUAGUAGCAAUGAGGCACACUGACAGUCCCAGCAGACAGUCUGAGAAACACUGGGCUGUUGACCCAUCCUGAUGUUAAAAAUUGGACACUAGGAUUUUAAACUCAUGUAUGUUAUGCUUUCUUAUACAGCAGGUGGACGAGCAAGAGCACAGCUGUCAGUGAAAGAGGAUAGAAACAAGAGUAUUAGAUUAAUAUAAAGGAUGCGGGUGCAGUUAAUUUUAAAUAGCUGCCUGUGUCUGAAAAUUAUUUUGGCAGAUGGGCUAAAACAUACUUGUCUCUGACCAAAGUUCCUAGUCCCUUUUUUUUAUACUGGAAAAGAAAAUUUGGAUGUUUUAACCUUUCACUUGCCUUGCUGACUUGUAAGUUCAGCAGAAACUUCGGUUCAAGCCUUGUUUGCAGUGUGGAAAACAUGAAAGUGAGAGAGUGUUGUGCAAGCUAGUAGAAGUUCUCAAUUGAUCUGCAGCUUAUUUCAGAAACUGAAGUGAACUUUGCUAUUUCUAAAACCAGAAUUUAUUGACAGAAUUUAUUAUGUAGCAGGUUACUAGGAAAUGAUUACCUCUGAUCCCUUUUCAAGUUUAAGUUUCCAAGUUUUAACAUUUUUUCAGAAUUUGCAAUGACUUUUUGUUUACAGAAUCAGUACCUCUUGCCAAAAAUAUUCAAAUGUACAUAAAACUUGUAUUUGUAAAGGGGACCAUUUAUCAGAGGGACUUCAUGGGUAAGGUUUUACUUCAUAUUAUCUUGGUGCUUAUACAAAUAGGCAGUAUAUGUGUAAUUCAGAUUACAAGACUAUUUUGUUGGAAUGUAAUUGAUAUAACAGGGAUAUUUUCAAUGAUCUUACUGUACUGUCAAGCUCUUUAACAGCUCAUAUAUUGGUGCUGUCUGACUUUAUUAGUUAGUUUUUACUUAUUGGAGAAACUGUUCUUGGUCUUGCUCAGGUAGAUGACUGCUCAGAGUCAACUGCACGAUCAGUGAUUUUUUUUGGCUGUUUUAAUAGCAAGCACUGCUAUACAAUCCCUCCUUACUCCAGUUUCUACAUGUAUGUCAUGUGAUUUACUCUGGAGGAAGUAUGAUUUAGUUGUUUGUAAUUGAUUUUCAUAACUCUAUACCAGGAACUUGUAAAAUGAUAUGUAUUACAGUAAAGUACACAGUUUCAUAAGGUGUAUGUGCUGUUUGUUCCACUAGGUGCAUCUAGUGGAACAUCUAAAGCUAGAUGUUUUAGAGAUGACUCUGUAAAACACUGAUGUUUCUCUUUCCCAGAUUAUUAUCUUAAUUUUGUUGUACUUCUUAUUUAUACUACAAAACAAAUGAGAAAAUUUUCCUCAAAGACACAUGUAUUAAAUGGAAAUGUACACACUUGGAAAACCUGCCUUUUCUAAAACCUAUAUGCUACAUAUAAAUAGGGCUGAAUAUCUGACAACAUGUGAGUAAUCAAACUUCAUAUUUUAGAAUAAAGCUAUGACAAAUCUUUCAAGAACAGGAACACUGAGGAGCUGGCAGAAGAGAGCCUGGCACGUUGGCUGUAACGAAAGGUCAGCAGAGAGUACAGAACCCUACCAGAAAAGGUUAAGUGGAAGGAAUCGUGUAUACAAGAAAGGUACCUUUCUUUAACUUAACAUGAGGAAACGGGCAUGAGCCACGAGUGAUCCAAUUUAUAGUGACACAGUGAGUGGCCAGAUGUGGCAUGAGACAGCAGGACUGACUGGACACACCUUUGAUACUGAAGGAAGAGAUGUAAGUUAAGAUUUUAUUUCGCCUUUGGGAGAGUAUGAAAACAGUCACUGUUGUUUAGCUGAUGAGCAAAACAUUGCUGAUAAGAUUCCUUGUUAACUUAAAACUGAGAGGAGGAAAAAAAAAUGAUCCUGAAUCCUGUCAGGAAUAUUAAUUAAAAGUAGAAAUGUAUCCAAAAGUUUAGAUGGAUCACUGAAAAGAUAACUUAGAUGAAGCCAUCCGUUACAACCAUACUGUCUGAUACAAAAGCAAUAACUUGGUUUACAGCAGUGUCCGAAAGUACUGGCAGUAUAACUCCAUUGUUUGCACAGCAUCAAGCUAAUAGAACAGGGGUCAGAAUGAUGUUUCUGACACAGCUAUGAUUUAAAAUAACAAAUAUUAAUAAUUCACAAUUCUGUCUGUGGACUGGAAGGAUGUAUGUACCAGGUUACCAUUUUCUAAUGUAAGUUGAGGUAUAAAUUCUCUUGCCAUUGCAUCAUUCUAGGAUGCUUCUAUGAAUGAGCCCACUCAUUGUAUAAAAGGUCUCUUGUUUUAGAAGAGUCUGUUCCUUGUUUUGCACUUGGCCAGUUACUUCCUUAUAUCUACAGUCUAUGAAAAAAAUGCUGUAGCUGAAUGCUCAGGUGAUAGUGUAGUCUGCAAAGGCCACACCUAAGUACACUUUUUUCCAUUGCUGGGAGCUGUACCAGGCUGGAUGUGACUACUGGUUUCCAGUCAGGGCAAUAUUAUUAUGAUGCUGCUAAAAAACAAGAAGAAAAUGUGAGAGAUUUCUCCACUGGGAGUCUUCUUAGAAGAAAUUACCAAAAAAAAAGGACUACAUAUCUGUAAUAACUCUAAAUAUACAAGAUAGGUUUUCUUGGAUGGAGCUAUUAGAGAAAACCAAGAGAAAAUAAUUUUACUUAUGGAAAUUGAAAAACUAAUAAUAGGAUAAUUUUCAGAUCAGAAGCAGAAAUAGGUCAAUAAAACAGUCUGUAUUCAGUUCCAAUGAAGUUCUGGUUUUGCUUAGUGAUAUGGUCUAUUAGAUAAGUUAUCUAGUUUAAAUUAUAUUGCCAAAACAUAGUAAAUAAAAAAGAGAAAAAGAAAUUCCAUCUAUAUUUUUAAAAACCUUUUUUUUUAAAAAAAAAAAAUUUAUCUACAGAGGUUGAUCUUCAGUAACUUUGACUUUAGUUAAAUGAACUGUUACAAAGUGUAAUACCAGCUGUAUUUUAGUUCUUGAUUUAAAAUAAUCCAUGUACUAGCCUAAUAAAAGUAUUUUGUUUAUAAAA